GCGCGGCGCCCGCCUAUAAGCGCCUUUGAAGCGGUCUUGCCAUCACCCUGCUCCCCUCCCUCCAGCCCCCGGUGCUCCUCAACCCCACCUUCUACGAUGCAGUCGCUGCGCAAAGCUUGGCAGGCUGUAUGGCGGCGCAUAACAAGAUCCAGAAAGGCAUCGGCGUGCACUCGUGUCGCGUCCGUAUACGAGCUUAUGGAGCAGAUCGUCCGCACGGUCCAUCAUGACCAGGGCAACGGUGGCCUGCUUUCUCUUCUGGUCGCGUCCCGUUUUGUCAGCCAGGUCACCCUCGACGUGCUUUGGGAGACGCAGACGGAGCUGGUCCCGCUGUUCUUGACGCUACGGCCAUGCGUAUACGUGAAGAACUAUAACACGAUUCAUCUGUCCGAUAAGUCGGUGAACAAACACUCGGAUGGCUUCAUUCGGGAGGACGUCUGGAAUCGAUUCCAAAGCUACGCACAGCGCGUCAAAAUCCUGGAUAUUCCGUCCCUCCCCAAAGCUCCUCUUCGGCUGCAUGCUUCCGUUCUCAAGGCUCUCGCCUACCGUGGCACGCUGCUGCGUAAUCUUCACACCGUCCGCGUUCCUGGACUCAAGUCACUGCCCCUAGACGAUAAUCUCCACCUCCUCUUCUCGUUCGAUCGCUCGCGGCAGAAGUCGUACGCCUCAUUCUAUAUUCAGGACCCUCGCUCCGGGAAGCUCACUUAUCUGAACAAUCUUUGCAAGCUCAGCGGGGUACGCGAAAUCUGUGCGCCGGACACAGGUCUGCUGCCGCCCCUAGUCGCCUUCAGAGGCUUGCCGAACCUCGAGCGCCUUCAGCUUGCGCACAUAGACCCACUACCUCCGCCAGCAGAUGCAUUUGGAUACCGCAGCUUGCGUGUCCUUCGCGUAGACAGUCAGGGUCUAUGCGAUGCAGCCAGGACGGUCAGCGCACUCUCCUCCGAGGCGCUCGAGCUCCACCGCUUAGUCAUCACCUGGACUUCGUCUCCUGUCGAGCCUGCGUACGUCGCCGCGACGUCCAGCGGCAAGCAUACAGCAGCGUUGACGCUUUACUCCACAAUCCGCCGCUGCUGCAUGGCUUCCUCGCUGCGCGAUAUUCGCGUCCCGACGCAUAGCGAUGGCCGCGCGCUAGCAGCGAGCAAGCUCUUCGCCGACCUCCUCUCAUUCCCGCACAUAGAGCAUGCGGAGGUCGUCUUCAUGCACCCCGCAGCGGACAUCGAUGGCGCGAUCGACUGCAUGUCCGCUGCGUGGCCGCGUCUUCAGCGCCUCAGCCUGACGCACAUGCGGCGGACGAUAACUUCCGCACGGAGUACAGUCAAGCUUGCGACACUGCGCGGACUUCUGCCACUCGAGAGACGCUGUCCCAAUUUAUCCCACCUCCGUAUCGACAUUGACCCCGCGAGCAGCUUUCCGGCAUCAGCCUCAGCGCCUGAGGACAUGUCGACUCGGAUGCAACGAGAUUCCUUGACCUUCGAUAUAGGCGCUUUCCCGGAGAGUCGUGCGGUCACCAUCGUGACCUUUCUUCAGUACCACUUCCCUGGCGCUCGUCUCGUCUACUUGGCUAACGACGAUUACCGAUGCCAGUCCUUGGCUAUUCUGCAGGAUACGAAUUGA